AUCCUUCUUCUUCGUCUUCAUCUUCUUCAUCUUCAUCUUCUUCUUCUUUUUCCCAUCUUCUUCUACACAAACAGAAAAUUUCUUUCCCAUUUUCUCCCUGAGAGAAAUGCUUGAACAAUGGUCGGCUUAAGCGUGAUUUUGGAAUCCAACCAGGGAGAUUUCCGUAAAAAAUCCUCCCAAGUUAUCAGUAAAUCCUCCAUUCUCCUCAUGAAUCUCUCUUCUUCUUCUUCUAAAAACAACCGUCCCUUUCUCCAAACCCCGUCGCUUCGCCUUGAGUUCUGCUUCCUCUGCAAACAGAAGCUCUUGCCUGGAAAUGAUAUCUACAUGUACAAAGGAGACAGGGGAUUUUGCAGUGUGGAGUGUAGAUGUAGGCAGAUUCUCAUGGAUGAAGAAGAGAGUGUUAUGAAGGAUAAUUGUCGUAAAACGGCGUCGUCUUCAACGUCUGAAUCUUCUGAAUCUUCUUCUUCUUCUUCAAUGGCGGCUUCUAGCAGUAACCGCAAAACCACGAGAAAUCGGAGGGGACAGUUUGCGACUGCGUAUUGAGAGGGUUUGCGAAAUUACGGAACUACCCUUUUGUUUAUUUACUAAAUUACGUUUUUGUCCAACAUAAAAAAAAAAAAAAAAAAAAAAAGGAACUACCUAUCUAACUUUCUCAUCUAUUUCAAAAUUAUCUUUGCCUUUCUCCCAAAAGUUAACUUCGGACUAUAAUUGUCAAAAUGAGCUUAACUCACCGAUAAUUCCUAUAUUGUUCUUCUCUAGAAAUCAAAGGUUUGAUCUCCCGUUUCUGCAAUUGUUGUACUUUUUUUUAAAUAAAAAACUUUGGAGUAGAAUUAUAAGGUUUAAAUACUACAUUGAUUUUUUUUUUUAUCUAUAAUUAUAGAAUGUUCGUUAUGGUUCUA